AUAUAUAUCCUUAACUAUAUACAUAUAAAAACUACGUGAAGCAGUACACCAAUUAAGAUCAUCAUCAUCGACGCACUUCAAUUCCUUCAUCUUUUACCUACCUGCAGAGAGUUAGUAGUAAGCAUUCGAACCGCUCCUCUUUUUUUUUUCUCAAAUUACAACUUUGAAUUACUCAAAAUACCCUUCUUCUUUAUUCACUAAUUUAAACAUCUUUAUCUAAAAUACCUAUAAUACCCUUAAUGAAAUAAUUUAUAAGAAAAAUUCAUCAACCCUUAAAUUAACUAUACCUUUAAUAUCAAUUAAUUUAACAUUCACCAUCAUUGUCGUCCCCACCGCCGACCCCACCACCGGUUACCGCCACCGCUUCCAACACCGCCACUGCCGCCACCCGUAGCCACCACAACACACCGCCGUUACCACCAUCGUACCACAUUGUGCGAGCUCACAGUUUAUACAUACGCUUGGAAAAAGUAGAGGGGUCAAUGAGCUCUUUGAAAUGGAGUAUGUAAUUAAGUAGGAGAAGCCUUGUUUGAUGGGUAAGUCAGUCAAUGUGUUUGGAUUCCGCAAUUUAGAUCCUGCAGAGGAUAUCAAGACCGCUCUGGAGGGCUAUACUGGUAUAGGGACUAUUCAUGCUCUUGAGGUUAGAAAAUCAAAAGGCGGGCCAAGAGUGUAUGCAAAAGUCCAGUUUACAACCAGGGAAAGAGUUGACUACAUUUUAGACUUGGCUAAUGAGAAGCGUUUGUGGUAUGACGGUUCCUAUUUGUUCGCUUGGGAAAUCGACCAUGACAUUGAAAGAAGGCCUAAGGAAUUUGCAUUUGACAUGGAAGAUUCAACUCUUCGUUUUGGUUGCCAGAUUUCAAAUGACACUUUGUCGGUGCUCUGUGAAAUGAAGAACACAUCAGUAAAGUUUGGAUUUGGAUUAAGAAAUCUGUACUUUAUUAUACCGUACUCUACUACUUCUUACAAGCUGCAGCUCCGUUAUGAGAAUAUUUGGCAAGUUCAGCUACAUCGUUCACGGGGACUUUCUGCAAGUUAUCUUGUUAUUCAGUUAUAUGGUGCUCCUAGAGUUUAUCAGAAAGCUGAAGACAAUUGUCUGAAGUUUUAUAAGGAUCUUCCAAAUGAUCAGUGGGUUAGAGCAACCGACUUUACCCCAUCUUCCUCCAUUGGACAAUCAUCUCAUUUAUGUUUGGAAAUUCCACAUGAUACAGACCUUCCGAAUCUUGCUGAUUACUUUCCAUAUUAUUCAGAAAGUAAACGGCCAUUCAGAUUGGUGACUGGUCAUAGCUUUUCUCGAAAUCUGGAGUUAGUUCCAAUAGUGGGUCCCACCCGAGGUACUUAUCUUCCAUAUGAUAUUGUAUUCAAGAUUUGUUCCUUGGUUCAGCAUGGUUGUAUACCGGGACCCGUACUUGAUGCUCGUUUCUUUGAGUUAUUGGAUCCUCAAAGAAGAGACAUCGUGUCCAUUGAAUAUGUUUUGGAGAAGCUAUAUUUUCUAAAAGAUUGUUGUUACGAUCCAGUAAGGUGGAUAACCGAGGAAUACAGAAAACAGAACAAGCCAAGAUCCCCUGCUAUCACAUUGGAUGCUGGUCUUGUAUAUGUGAGGCGAGCUCAAAUUACACCAUCAAAGGUAUACUUCUGUGGACCAGAGGUCAACGUCUCCAAUCGGGUUUUACGCCAUUUUGCUGGAUAUAUAGAUAAUUUCCUUCGUGUAUCAUUUCUCGACGAGGAAUUGGAGAAACUUUAUUCAAUGGAUUUAUCCCCACGUGUAAUUAGCAAAAGUGGGGAAAGCAAAACCGCCAUUUAUAGGAGGAUUUUGUCAGUCCUCAAGAAUGGCAUAGUUAUUGGUGAUAAAAAGUUUGAAUUUCUUGCUUUUUCAUCAAGUCAGUUAAGAGAUAAUUCUGCUUGGAUGUUUGCUUCAAAUGGCAGCCUUGAUGCUGCCACUAUCAGGGAUUGGAUGGGUGACUUUAGUAGUAUUAAAAAUGUUGCUAAGUAUGCUGCUAGACUUGGUCAAUCUUUUAGUUCAUCAAAGGAAAGUCUAAGUGUUGCACGCCAUGAAAUUGAAAGGAUUCCGGAUAUAGAAGUUGUAUCAUCCGGUAAUACAUUAGUUUUUUCUGAUGGAAUCGGGAAAAUAUCUGCUGAAUUUGCUAAAAGGGUUUCCAUUAAAUGUGGCUACGAUGUUGUUCCAUCUGCCUUCCAAAUUCGUUAUGGUGGGUACAAAGGUGUUGUGGCAGUAGAUCCAACCUCAUCAUUUAAAUUAUCAUUAAGAAAGAGCAUGUGGAAGUUUGAAUCGUAUAACACAAAGUUGGAUAUUCUUAAAAUUAGCAAGUAUCAGCCUUGCUAUACGAAUCGCCAGGUCAUCACGCUUCUUUCUACCCUCGGGGUUCCAGAUCAUGUCUUUCAAGGAAAGCAAAAACAAGCAGUAGACCUUUUAGAUGCCAUCUUAUGGGAGCCACUGAAGGCACAAGAGGCAUUAGACUUAAUGUCACCUGGAGAGAACACCAACAUUUUGAAGGAAAUGCUUUUGUGUGGUUAUAAACCUAAUGCUGAACCAUUUCUCUCUAUGAUGCUGCAAGCUUUUCGUGCAACCAAGUUGUUUGAACUGCGUACUAAAGCAAGAAUUUUUGUUCAUAAAGGAAGAUCAAUGUUGGGAUGUCUGGAUGAAACCGGGACACUAGAUUAUGGGGAGGUUUUUGUGCAGUAUUCUGGUGCAGGAAGAAGGUUGAUGUGUGGUGAUCAUAGUGGAACAGCUUCGAACAAUCGCAUAAUUGUUGAUGGGAAAGUGGUGGUUGCAAAAAACCCUUGUUUGCAUCCUGGUGAUGUACGUGUCUUGAGGGCUGUUAAUGUUCCAGCAUUACAUCAUAUGGUGGAUUGUGUUGUCUUUCCACAAAAAGGACCAAGGCCUCAUCCAAACGAAUGCUCAGGUAGUGAUUUGGAUGGCGAUGAUUACUUUGUUUGCUGGGAUCCUGAUCUUAUUCCACCUAAGCAAAUUAAGCCGAUGGAUUAUGCUGCAGCACCUAGUAUACAACUAGAUCACGAUGUUACUAUCAAGGAGGUAGUAGAGUAUUUUGGAAACUACAUAGUCAACGAUAAUUUAGGAAUCAUUGCAAAUGCUCACACAGUCUUUGCAGACCGUGAACCCAAAAAAGCAAUGGCGGAUGCUUGUGUUGACCUUGCGAAGCUCCAUUCAAUCGCUGUUGACUUUCCAAAAACUGGAGUCCCUGCAGAAAUACCUGCACAUCUUCGUGUCAAUGAGUACCCGGAUUUUAUGGAAAAAGAACCCGAUAAAACCACGUAUAAAUCACAAAGUGUAAUUGGGAAGCUCUUUCGCGAGGUCAAAGGCGUUAAACCAACAAACAGUCCAGUCAACCCUUUUACUCUUGAGGUGGCAAGAAGAACAUAUGAUGCUGACAUGGAAGUAAGUGGCUUUAUGGAUUAUGUUGAUGAAGCGUUUGACUUCAAAUCAGAAUAUGAUUACAAAAUGGGCAAUUUAAUGGAUUAUUAUGGAAUCGAAUCAGAGGCUGAACUCUUAAGUAAUAGUAUUAUCAAAAUGUCUAGAUCCUUUGAUAGAAGGAAUGAUGCAGAAGUGGUUGGGUUAGCUGUGAAGUCAUUAAGAACAGAAGCUAGGAACUGGUUUAAACGGGGCAGAGGAGAUAGGGAUGUCACAGAUGAUGAUAAGCAUGCCAAAGCAUCAGCAUGGUAUCACGUCACCUAUCACCCGAGUUACUGGGGUCAAUAUAACCAGGACAUGAAACGUAAUCAUUUUCUGAGUUUCCCAUGGUGCGUUUAUCAAAAGUUAAUUAAAAUCAAGAAACGCAAAGCGGCCGCAUAAAUGAUGUUGCAACUGGUAGGCUUCUAUAGCAGUUCAGUGCUGCAGCGAAUCUGGUAUGAAUACAAGCUCUUUGGACUAGGUAAAAAUGUGUGUAUAUAUAACUACGGAUGUCAUGUAUUGUUUCUUGUUAUAUUGUCUCGCUGAAGUUUGGGUUUAGUGUGAAGUAAAAAAAUGAUAAAUGCAACUAAUUUGGUAGGCCUAAAAAAACAUGCCUAAAAAUUUGGUUAUGACACAUAGCGAAUCAAAUGUAGAAAAAAAAUAAGUGGAAUCCUUGUGUCAUCCAUUAGGCGUGCUUUUAUGCUUAUAUUUUAGGCAUAUAUAUCAUUACUCAUGUAUAUAUUGUGUAUGCUUGUUUGUAAUGUUUUGGUAAUUAAGGUAUUAAUGAUGUGAAGCUAUGAGUACAUAUGUAUCUUAUUGUGUAACGGUUAAUGUAAACAUAUAUUUUGUUAUGGAA